AUGACGUACAGGGGGCACAGCGGAGAUAGAAGAGGAUUUCGAGGGCCUUCUAGGUCUGACAGGGGCAGUAGGUAUCCCUCGAGGACGAGGCGGGAGCCACAGCGAUACGAGCCGAUGCCAGAGCUUCCUUCUGUUGAGUUCCAGAAGAACUUCUACAAGGAGGCGGAAUCCAUAAGCAAGAUGAGUCCUUCCGAGGUUGCUUCGUUUAGAAAGGCGAAUGAGAUGGUUGUCAAGGGAACGGAUGUCCCUCAUCCGAUUCAGAAGUUUGAGGAUGCUGGGUUUCCAAGCAGGGUUGUUGAGGAUCUUGCUGCAAAGGGGUUUGAAGGGCCCACGCCCAUUCAAGCACAAGGAUGGCCUAUGGCACUGAGCGGAAGGGACAUGGUUGGGAUUGCACAGACAGGGUCUGGGAAGACUUUGAGUUUCAUUUUGCCUGCAUUGGUCCAUGCGAAGGAUCAGCAGCCUCUUAGGAGGGGAGAUGGGCCGAUUGUACUUGUGCUUGCGCCGACCAGAGAGCUUGUGAUGCAGAUCAAGAAAGUUGCAGAUGAGUUCUGUGGGAUGUUUAAUCUAAGAAGCACUGCUGUGUAUGGCGGGGCCUCAUCACAGCCGCAGAUAAGAGCAUUGCAUGAAGGGGCGGAGGUUGUUAUUGCAACGCCUGGCAGGCUGAUUGAUUUGCACGAUCAAGGGCAUGCACCUCUUGGACGGGUAACUUUUCUUGUACUUGAUGAGGCUGACAGGAUGCUUGACAUGGGGUUUGAGCCCCAGCUCCGGAAGAUUAUUCCGAAAACAAACGGAAGCAGGCAAACGCUGAUGUGGAGUGCAACAUGGCCGAGAGAGGUGCGGGGGUUGGCUGAGAGCUACAUGAGCGACUACAUCCAGGUGGUUAUUGGGAAUGAGGAGCUCAAGACGAACAGCAAGAUCAAGCAAGUGAUCGAGGUGUGCAGUGGACGCGAGAAGGAGGAUAAGCUUCUUGGGGUGCUUGAUAAGUUCAAGGGAGACAAGGUCAUUGUGUUUUGCAACAUGAAGAGGACUUGUGACGAUCUAGAGUAUGUGCUUAACAGGUCUGGAUAUGGUGCAGCGGCAUUGCAUGGAGACAAGUCGCAAAACAUCAGGGACAAGGUGCUUGAUGACUUCCGAAGUGGAAGAAGGCCGAUUUUGAUAGCCACGGAAGUUGCAGGAAGAGGGCUUGAUGUGAACGAUAUCAAGCUUGUGAUCAACUUUGAUUUUCCAGGGACCUGUGAGGACUAUGUCCAUAGGAUUGGAAGAACUGCAAGGGGUAAUACAAAGGAAGGCAUAUCGCAUACAUUCUUCACGAUCAAUGACAAGGGAAAUGCACGGGAACUGAUAAGGAUGCUCCGAGAAGCCAAACAAGUGGUCCCUUCUGAUCUUGAGGACAUGGUACGACCGUCGAAUGAUAGAUAUGGAUCCAGGGGCUCCAGAUACGACUACAGAGGAAGAACCGGCAGAUUCUCCUACAGAGGAUGA